CACCCUCAGGUGCUCCACUCAACUUCCGGGCGACGAAUGUGACAAGUUCAGAGAUUUGGUUAGAGUGGGAAGCCCCACCACCAGAUCAACUGAAUGGCAAACUAGAAGGUUUUGAAAUCAAGUUUGGCAGAGACAUCUUCAGUAUUGAGCUAGUGAGCAUUGACGAUCCAACCAGAACUAGCACAAUGCUGCAAGGACUCGAACCCUAUACCUUAUACAUGGUGUCCAUCAAAGCUAAAAACAGCGCAGGCAUUGGCCCUGAAGCAGCAAUGGGUGUGGAAACCAAAGAAGGAUUGCCAUCCAAGCCUAGAAUCACACACAUCAGCAACCACCAGGCAACCUCCUUCUACGUCAACUGGGAACCGCCCCGAGAAAUCAACGGCAAAUUGAUCAAGUAUGAGCUCCAGUGGAUCCACGACCAGGAUGUGAAGUCCAGACGUAUUGCAGGACAUCUCAUCAGCACCAUGACUGCAUAUGUUUCAGACCUGACACCUUACACAGAGUACAAGGUCCAGGUGGCCGCUGUGACCAACGGAGGCAGGGGAGAGUUUAGUGACCAGUUUCCAGCUCUGACUGAUGUGGCAGCUCCCGGGCCACCAAGAAAUCUAAAUGUCACAGAGCUGGAUCUGAACUCAGUGCAUCUGUCCUGGGAUCCACCGCUGGUCUACUACAAGACCAUCGACAACUACCUCAUUAAAGGCUUUGAUCAUCGCGGCAAUGAUGUCAAUGAAUUGGUCAAAGGUGAAACUACCAAGCAUGUGCUGGCUAAUUUGAUUUCAAACUCUCGCUACCACGUGAAAGUGGCUGCCAUCACCAAUGCUAUUUUCAGCAACAACAAAUGGGUUGGGGAUUUCACGGAUACAUCCAUAUUUACGCUUGGAGAUUAUGAUGAAAGAAACAAGGUAAUCUGGGAUGUCGGCAGCAAUGCGAUGGAAGGAAAACCAGUGCAAUCAGGAGUUCACCCAGGGGUCAUCGCCGGGAUUGUGUGUGGGAUUCUGAUUCUCGUCAUUGUUGGUGUACUUGCGGUUGGCUAUCGAUUCUAUACAUGUAGGAAGUGUUACCAAGCAGCAUAUUUGUACCUGGCCGUUCCAAACAAUGGCAACUCGAUACAAGCAACUGUAGUUACAGUGGACGAACCUAGCGAAGAGAAGCAUUACCCAGACAUUGAUGUCACAGACUUCAUCUCUCAUGUCAAACGUAUGCACAUGGAUGGCGACAUUGGUUUCUCUCAGGAGUUUGAUGAGAUCAAUAGAACAUCAUUUGUGGACCGGUAUUCCUGUGACAGUUCUAAUCUGCCAGAUAACAGAAGCAAAAACAGAUAUAUAAACAUUGUGGCAUAUGACCAUUCUAGAGUCAUACUGAAGACAGAGUUGGGUCGCUUGCGUCAGUCUGACUACAUUAAUGCCAACUAUGUUGAUGGUUACAAGAAGUCAAAAGCAUACAUAGCUACACAGGGGCCCCUACCUCAGACUUUCCCAGAUUUCUGGAGAAUGGUUUGGGAGCAGAAUACAAAUGUCAUUGUGAUGAUCACAAAUCUAAUGGAGAAAGGAAGGCGAAAAUGUGAUCAGUACUGGCCGAGUGAUGGUGCAGAAACAUAUGGUAACAUAAACGUCAAGCUGAUCACUACCGUACCGCGGGCGCACUACACGGUCCGUGUCUUCUCUCUCCGGAACAUGAAGGUAAAAAAGCGCCAUUCAAUGAAAGGUGUUGUUGAGAGAACAGUUUAUCAUUAUCACUACACCCAGUGGCCAGACCACGGAGUUCCAGAUUAUACCUUGCCUGUCCUGUCCUUUGUACAGAAGUCAGCAGCGCAGAGUGGAUCAGAAAAUGGUCCAAUUGUAGUCCAUUGCAGUGCUGGUGUUGGGCGUACCGGCACCUAUAUUUUGAUUGACAGUAUGAUAGCACAGAUUCAAGAACAACAGACAGUCAAUAUUCCCGGCUUUACACAGCAUAUCAGGAGACAGAGAAACUUCUUAGUGCAGACAGAGGACCAGUACAUAUUCAUCCAUGAAGUUCUAGUCGAGUACCUCCUUGGCAACGGGACCACUGAAGUCAGGGAUGACCAGAUGUCCAGUCACCUGAGUGACCUGGAGCAGCCAGCCAGAGGGGUCAUAUUACCUACCAUCACCGACACCACCUUGUUAGAGAGACAGUUUCAGUUGAUCACAGAAUAUGUACCAAGUGAAAUGGAUCUGUCAGCAGCUCUCAAACCGGUUAACCUGGAGAAAAACCGGCCAGGCAGCAUAGUUCCUGUGAAUUUGAAACGAGUAUUGUUACCAGCAAGGCCUGGUAUUGAUGGGUCAGAUUAUAUCAAUGCUACAUAUCUCCAGGGCUACAAGAAAUCUUCAGAGUUUAUAGUGACCCAACACCCGACAGAGGACACCAUGGAGGACUUCUGGAGGAUGGUGUGGGACAAGAACAGUCCUGUCAUUGUUGUGUUAUCAUCCUUUGAUGAUGUUGAUUACAAAGAGUUUUGGCCACCCAAAGGCAGCAGUAUUGAUGUUGAUUCUGGAAAUUUCCGACUUGCAAUGAAAGAUGAGCUCAUUCCAAACAAUGACUUGGGAACUGUGACAGCAGAGUUUAUUCUAGAUUCCAUACAGUACGACUACACACUGAUGACCCGCAUCCUGUGUGUGACCAACUGGCCCAAGUUCUGUACAGAGCUACACAAAGUAUUGGACGUUAUUGUUGAGACUCAUGGCUUCUUGAACUCGCUGGAAUGUGGGCCCAUUAUUGUCAUGGACAG